GCGUCAGGAGGGGCUGGUUCGGGCGAGUUAUUAUCAGGAGCUCCAGGACCGGUUUUCUCAAGAUAUGUCAGUUGUCAAUAAGAUGCAACAGAAGUAUUGGGAAACAAAGCAGGCCUUUAUCAAGGCGACAGGGAAGAAAGACGACAAGUAUAUUGUUGCUGCUGACGCAGACCUGGAUGCCAAGCUGGAGGUUUUCCAUUCAAUUCAGAGAACCUGUUUGGCCUUAUCCAAAGCAAUUGUACUCUACCAAAAGAGAAUGCAUUUCUUGCCUCAGGAAGAGAACGACCUGGGAAAAUUUCUCCGAUCCCAAGCGUCCAACAAAAAAACCAGGGCAGGAGGAAUGAUGCAAGCCAUGGGCAAGGCCCUCUGCUUCUCCUACCAACAACGGUUUGUUCUUUGGAGCAUUUUGUGUCGAUUAUACGAGGAAUUAGAGACAUUUAGACAUCGGGCCAUCUCUGAUACCUGGCUGACCGUGAACCGCAUGGAGCAGUGCCGGAUUAAAUAUAGAGGGGCCUUAUUGUGGAUGAAGGAUGUGUCUCAGGAACUUGACCCAGACCUCUACAAACAAAUGGAGAAGUUCAGGAAGGUGCAAACCCAAGUAUGCCUUGCAAAAAACUUUGACAAAUUGAAGAUGGAUGUGUGUCAGAAGGUGGAUCUUCUUGAGGAGAGCAAAUGCAAUCUCUUAUCACAUAUGCUAGCAACGUGGACGACUCUGCUCCACUUUUGGGAGAAAACUUCUCACACCAUGGCAGCCAUUCAUGAAAGCUUCAAAGGCUAUCAACCAUAUAAAUUCAUGACAUUCAAGAGCUUACAAGAUCCUAUGAAAAAGCUAGUUGAGAAAGGAGGGAAGAAGAGCACCCCACGGAGGGAAAGCCUGGAGGCUGCCGCACAAGAGCCUAAGCAAUUAAUUUCUUCGGAAGAUGAGAGCCAGCACGAAGAAUCCUCUCCUUGUAAGGCUUGCCUGGGUCCCAUGGCAGGGACCCCAGAAGAUGACGGGUUGAAUGAGAUCUUCAGUGCUUCCAGCCUGAAUGAAGGAGAGUUCAGCAGAGAGUGGGCUGCCGUGUUUGCAGAUGACCGGUUGAAGGAGCCAGCCCCCAUGGGAGCCCAGGGAGAGGCAGAUCCCAAGCCCCAGAUCAAUUCUGGAUUCCUUCUUUCGCAGCUUUUAGACCAAAACAUGAAAGAUCUACAAGCCUCUCUCCAAGAGCCCGCCAAGGCUUCCUCGGACAUGACUGCCUGGUUCAAAUUGUUUAUAAUCUCCAAUACUGUAUCAAAUCCUGAUGCUGUUGGGAAAACCGAUAAAGAACAUGAAUUGCUCAAUGGAUGAUUAUGCAGCUCUGCAGCACCUACUCCAGGGCUUGCAGAAGUCUCAGUAUGCUGUUUUAAUAUUUACGUGCCAUUUUAAUAAA